CAACACAGCAGGCUUGCUACAGGGCUGAUCAUCUCCCUGCAGCUGCUGCGGGGCGACAUGGAGCAGGUCCGCAGAGAAAACCCGCUCAUUUUCAGCAGGGGGGUGGCCAUCACACGCAAACUGGGAUUCCCAGAUGUCAUCAUGCCCGGUGACAUCCGUAACGACCUGUACCUGACACUGGAGCGAGGAGAUUUUGAGAGGGGAGGGAAAAGCGUUCAGAAGAACAUCGAGGUGACCAUAUAUGUGCUGUAUGCCGACGGAGAAAUCCUCAAGGACUGCAUCAGUCUGGGAUCAGGUGAGCCCAACGUGCCAGAGCACCGCUCCUUUGUGCUCUACCAUAACAACAGCCCGCGAUGGAGCGAGGUGAUCAAACUGCCGAUUCCCAUUGACCGUUUCAGAGGGUCCCACCUGCGCUUCGAGUUCAGACACUGCUCCACAAAGGACAAAGGAGAGAAAAAGCUGUUUGGUUUUGCCUUUACGCCUCUAAUGAGAGAGGAUGGAACUACUCUCUCUGAUGAGAGCCACGAGCUGUAUGUCUACAAGUGUGAUGAAAACACGACCUUCAGUAACCACGCCCUCUACCUGGGGCUGCCCUGCUGUAAGGAGGACUUCAACAGCUGUCCCAACAUCCCCUCCAGCCUCAUUUUCCAGCGCAGCAUGAAAGAGACCUUCUGGAUUUCCACACAGCUCUCCUCCACCAAGCUCACCCAGAACGUGGACCUCUUGGCCCUGCUGAAGUGGAAGGCCCAUCCCGACCGGGUCAUGGACAUCCUUGGACGGCUUCGGCAUGUCAGCGGAGAAGAGAUCGUCAAGUUUCUUCAGGACAUUCUGGACACCUUGUUCUCCAUCUUGGAUGACAACACAGACAAAUAUGGGCCGCUGGUGUUUCAGUCAUUGGUGUUCAUCAUAAACCUGCUCAGGGACAGUAAAUAUUACCACUUCAGGCCGGUGAUGGACACUUACAUCCAGAAGCACUUUGCUGGAGCGUUAGCUUACAAAGAGCUGAUCCGCUGUCUGAAGUGGUACAUGGAUCGCUCUGCUGAGGUGGUGAGGCAGGACCACAUACAGGAAGCCAUGAGGGCUUUGGAGUAUCUGUUCAAGUUCAUCAUCCAGUCUCGGAUCCUGUACUCUCGGGCCACGUGUGGCAUGGAGGAGGAGCAGUUUCGCACCAGCAUCCAAGAACUCUUUCAGUCGAUCCGCUUCGUCCUCAGCCUGGACAGCCGCAACUCCGAGACGCUCAUCUUCACUCAGGCUGCACUUUUGAACUCGUUCCCAGCCAUCUUUGAUGAGCUGCUGCAGAUGUUUACGGUCCAAGAGGUGGCCGAGUUUGUGCGCGGCACCCUGGGCAGCAUGCCGUCCACGGUGCACAUAGGACAGUCCAUGGAUGUGGUCAAGCUGCAGUCCAUAGCUCGGACCGUGGACAGCCGGCUCUUCUCUUUCCCAGAGUCUCGGAGGAUCCUACUUCCUGUGGUCCUCCAUCACAUCCACCUGCACUUGAGGCAACAGAAAGAGCUUCUCAUCUGCUCUGGAAUACUCAGCUCUAUAUUCUCGAUCAUCAAGACCAGCUCACUGGACACGUCGGUGCAGGAGGAGGUGGAGAUGAUGGUGGAGUCCCUGUUGGACGUCCUCCUGCAAACCCUGCUGUCAAUCAUGAGCAAGAGCCAAUCGCAGGAGGCGGGAGAGUACGUGUCCUGCCUCCUGUCGCUUCUCCGUCAGAUGACAGAUAUCCACUUCCAGCACCUGAUGGAAAACUUCCAGAGCAAAGAUGAGCUGAAGGAGUUUCUGCUGAAGAUUCUGUGUGUGUUUAGAAAUCUGAUGAAGCUCAGCAUUUUCCCCCGAGACUGGAAUAUCAUGAGACUCCUCACCAGCAACAUCAUCCUGACCACAGCGCAGUACCUCUCUCCUGCUCUGCACAAGAACUUUACAGAAGCCGACUUUGACUUUAAGGUGUGGAAUUCCUACUUCAGCCUGGCGGUGCUCUACAUCAACCAGCCCAGUUUACAGUUGGAAAAUUUGAGUCCUGCUAAGAGGAAGAAGGUCUUAGACAAAUACGGGGACAUGAGAGUGAUGAUGACCUACGAGCUUUUCAGCAUGUGGCAGAAUCUGGGUGAGAAUAAGAUCCACUUCAUUCCCGGAAUGAUUGGUCCGUUCCUGGGAGUGACGCUGGUCCCGCAGGUGGAGGUGCGAAACAUCAUGAUCCCGAUUUUCCAUGACAUGAUGGACUGGGAGCAGCGCAAGAAUGGGAACUUCAAACAGGUGGAGGCUGAGCUGAUUGACAAGCUGGACAGUUUGGUGUCGGAGGGGAAAGGAGACGAGAACUACAGGGAGCUCUUCGGUUUGCUAACCCAGCUGUUUGGGCCUUACCCCAGCCUGCUGGAGAAGAUCGAGCAGGAGACGUGGAGAGAGACGGGCAUCUCCUUCGUUACCUCUGUCACACGACUGAUGGAGCGACUGCUCGACUACCGGGACUGUAUGAAGGGAGAUGAAACAGAAAACAAGAAGAUUGGCUGCACAGUUAACCUCCUGAACUUCUACAAGUCAGAGAUCAACAAGGAGGAGAUGUACAUCCGCUACAUCCACAAACUGUGUGACAUGCAUCUGCAGGCGGAGAACUACACAGAGGCCGCGUUCACCCUGCUGUUAUACUGGGAGCUGCUGCACUGGGACGAACGUCCUCUGAAGGAGUUCCUGCAUUAUCCUGCUCAGACCGAGUGGCACCGCAAGGAGGGGCUCUGCAGGAAAGUCAUCCACUACUUCAACAAGGGGAAGUGUUGGGAGUAUGGCAUUCCUCUGUGCAGGGAGCUGGCCUUCCAGUACGAAUCCCUGUACGACUACCAAAGUCUCAGCUGGAUACGGAAAAUGGAGGCGGCCUAUUACGACAACAUCAUGGAGCAGCAGCGCCUGGAGCCCGAGUUCUUCAGGGUCGGCUUCUACGGCAGGAAGUUCCCUUUCUUCCUCAGAAACAAAGAGUUUGUCUGCCGUGGUCAUGACUACGAAAGGUUAGAAGCCUUCCAGCAAAGGAUGCUGGGAGAAUUCCCGCAAGCCAUUGCAAUGCAGCACCCCAACCAACCAGACGAGGCCAUCCUGCAGUGUGACGCACAGUACCUCCAGAUCUACGCAGUAACGCCAGUGCCGGACAGCGUGACCGUCCUUCAGAUGGACCGUGUACCAGACCGCAUUAAGAGCUUCUAUCGAGUGAACAACGUUCGCCGCUUCCGUUACGACCGGCCCUUCCACAAAGGCCCCAAAGAUCGAGACAAUGAGUUCAAAAGUCUGUGGAUAGAAAGGACGACUCUCAUCCUCACCCACCCUCUGCCCGGGAUUUCCCGCUGGUUUGAGGUGGAGAAGAGAGAGCUGGUGGAGGUGAGCCCGUUAGAAAACGCCAUCUCUGUGGUGGAGAAUAAGAACCAGGAGCUGCGGACUUUGAUCAGCCAGUACCAACACAAGCAGCUGCACGGCAACAUCAACCUGCUCAGCAUGACGCUCAACGGGGUCAUCGACGCCGCUGUUAACGGAGGCAUCGCCAGAUACCAAGAGGCUUUCUUUGAUAAGGAGUACAUCACGAGCCACCCUGAAGACACUGAGAAGAUUACACAGCUUAAAGACCUGAUGCAGGAGCAGGUUCACAUCCUGGGAGUCGGUCUGGCUGUGCAUGAGAAGCUGGUGCACCCAGAAAUGCGUCCCCUGCACAAGAAGCUGAUAGAUCAGUUCCAGAUGAUGAGGAGCAGCCUCUGCCACGGUCUGCCUGGUUUAGACAAGUCCGGCUCAGGGCCCAACACACCCAGAGGAAUCCUGGCCACUCACGGCCCCAUGAGCCCCGAGAGCUUCAAACUGAUGCACCGACACAGUGAGAUGGGAAACGUUGGCAAUCUGCUGAUCCUGGCUGACGGCAUGGUGGUGGAA